GCCGCCGCUGAGCCGGGCCCCGCGGCAGCCGGGCGGCGCAGGUGAGGCCGGCCGCGCCAUGGUGGACCCGGUGGGCUUCGCCGAGGCGUGGAAGGCGCAGUUCCCGGACUCGGAGCCGCCGCGCAUGGAGCUGCGCUCGGUGGGCGACAUUGAGCAGGAGCUGGAGCGCUGCAAGGCCUCCAUCCGGCGCCUGGAGCAGGAGGUGAACCAGGAGCGCUUCCGCAUGAUCUACCUGCAGACGCUGCUGGCCAAGGAGAAGAAGAGCUACGACCGACAGCGCUGGGGCUUCCGGCGCGCGGCGCAGCCCCCCGACGGCGCCGCCGAGCCCCGCGCGCCGCGCCCCCAGCCCGCGCCGGCGGACUGCGCCGACCCGCCGACCGCCGACGAGCCCGAGGCCCGGCUCGACGGGAAGGGCUCCCCGGGCAAGGCCAGGCCCGCGGCCACGCGCAGGCCCGGGGCCUCCGCUCCCGCGGACCGCGACGACCGCGGGCCCCCCACCAGCGUGGCGGCCCUGCGUUCCAAUUUCGAGAGGAUCCGCAAGGGCCCCGUCCAGCCGGCGGCGGCGGACGCUGAGAAACCCUUCUACGUGAACGUCGAGUUCCACCACGAGCGCGGCCUGGUGAAGGUCAACGACAAAGACGUGUCGGACCGCAUAAGCUCCCUGGGCAGCCAGGCCAUGCAGAUGGAGCGCAAGAAGUCCCAGCAGGGCGCUGGGCCCGGCCCUGGGGACCCGCCCAGGCCCUCCUACCGCGGGCGCCUCUCCGAGAGCAGUUGCGGCCUCGACGGCGACUUUGAGGACGUGGAGCUGAACCCGCGCUUCCUGAAGGACAACCUGAUCAACGCCAAUGGCGGCGGCAGGCCCCCCUGGCCGCCCCUGGAGUACCAGCCCUACCAGAGCAUCUAUGUCGGGGGCAUGAUGGUGGAAGGGGAGGGCAAGGGCUCGCUCCAGCGCAGCCAGAGCACCUCGGAGCAGGAGAAGCGCCUUACCUGGCCCCGGAGGUCCUACUCCCCUCGGAGCUUUGAGGACAGCGGAGGCGGCUACACCCCGGACUGCAGCUCCAACGAGAACCUCACGUCCAGCGAGGAGGACUUCUCCUCGGGCCAGUCCAGCCGCGUGUCCCCAAGCCCCACCACCUACCGCACGUUCCGGGACAAGAGCCGCUCACCCUCGCAGAACUCCCAGCAAUCCUUCGACAGCAGCAGCCCCCCCACGCCCCAGUGCCAGAAGCGGCACCGGCAGGGACCGGUGGUCGUGUCCGAGGCCACCAUCGUGGGCGUCCGCAAGACGGGGCAGAUCUGGCCCAGCGAUGGGGACAGCUUGUCCAGCAGGCUGCUUCAAGACGGCACCUUCCAUGGAGACGCAGAUGCACCAUUCGGGACGCCGCCGGGGUACAGCUGUGCCACGGACCGGGCCGAGGAGCAGCGCCGGCAGCAGGACGGGCUGCCCUACGUGGAUGACUCACCCUCCUCCUCGCCCCACCUCGGCAGCAAGGGCAGGGGCAGCCGGGACGCACCGGAGUCCACCAAAGUGAGUGAGCUGGACUUGGAAAAGGGCUCGGAGAUGAGGAAAUGGGUCCUGUCUGGAAUCCUGGCUAGCGAGGAGACUUACCUGAGUCACCUGGAGGCGCUGCUGCUGCCCAUGAAACCUUUGAAGGCUGCUGCCACCACCUCUCAGCCGGUGCUGACGAGCCAGCAGAUCGAGACCAUCUUCUUCAAAGUGCCUGAGCUCUAUGAGAUCCACAAGGAGUUCUACGACGGGCUCCUCCCCCGCCUGCAGCAGUGGAGCCACCAGCAGCGCGUGGGCGACCUAUUCCAGAAGCUGGCCAGCCAGCUGGGUGUGUACCGGGCCUUUGUGGACAACUACGGAGUUGCCAUGGAAACGGCUGAGAAGUGCUGUCAGGCCAACGCUCAGUUUGCAGAAAUCUCUGAGAACCUGAGAGCCAGAAGCAACAAGGAUGCCAAGGACCAAACGACCAAGAACUCUCUGGAAACCCUGCUCUACAAGCCUGUGGACCGGGUCACGAGGAGCACACUGGUCCUGCAUGACUUGCUGAAACACACCCCCUCUGGCCACCCCGACCACCUGCUGCUGCAAGACGCCCUCCGCAUCUCGCAGAACUUCCUGUCCAGCAUUAACGAGGAGAUCACGCCCCGCCGGCAGUCCAUGACCGUGAAGAAGGGAGAGCACCGGCAGCUGCUGAAGGACAGCUUCAUGGUGGAGCUGGUGGAGGGGGCCCGCAAGCUGCGGCACGUCUUCCUCUUCACUGACCUGCUCCUGUGCACCAAGCUCAAGAAGCAGAGCGGAGGCAAAACGCAGCAAUAUGACUGCAAAUGGUACAUCCCGCUCACGGAUCUCAGCUUCCAGACAGUAGACGACUCGGAGGCCGCACCCAACAUCCCCCUGGUGCUGGAUGAGGAGCUGGAUGCCAUGAAGAUCAAGAUCUCCCAGAUCAAGAGUGACAUCCAGAGAGAGAAGAGAGCGAACAAGGGCAGCAAGGCCAUCGAGAGGCUGAGGAAGAAGCUCUCGGAGCAGGAGUCGCUGCUCUUGCUCAUGUCCCCCAGCAUGGCCUUCCGCGUGCACAGCCGCAACGGCAAGAGUUACACGUUCCUGAUCUCAUCCGACUAUGAGCGGGCCGAGUGGAGGGAGAACAUCCGGGAGCAGCAGAAGAAAUGUUUCAAGAGUUUCUCCCUGACGUCCGUGGAGCUGCAGAUGCUGACCAACUCGUGCGUCAAGCUUCAGACCGUCCACAGCAUCCCACUGACCAUCAACAAAGAAGAUGAUGAAUCUCCCGGGCUCUACGGGUUCCUGAAUGUCAUCGUCCACUCCGCCACUGGCUUUAAGCAGAGUUCUAGUCUGUACUGCACCCUGGAGGUGGAUUCCUUUGGCUACUUUGUAAAUAAAGCCAAGACACGCGUCUACAGGGACACGGCUGAGCCCAACUGGAAUGAGGAGUUUGAGAUCGAGCUGGAAGGCUCACAGACCUUGAGGAUACUGUGCUACGAGAAGUGUUACAACAAAAGCAAGAUCACCAAGGAGGACGGCGAGAGUGCAGACAGGAUCAUGGGGAAGGGCCAGGUACAGCCCAGGAGAGAGCGUGCUAGCCUUGAGUGUUGUUUGGGGCUGGACGGAACCGAGCUGCGGCCUCAUCGUUGUGUGAUUCUCAUGCUGCUUCCGCUCUGCUCAGCACGCUUUGUUUGUUGGAGCCCAGCCAGCCUGGGGACUGUCUUCCCACUGGAGCCGCCCGGGCAGCGCCGUAGCCCAGACUGCAGGGGCGGGGCUUCCCGAGAAGCCUGGUCAAAAGGUGGAGGAGGCCGGGAGCUCGCCGCACUGCUGCCCAUCGUGCUCCUGCCCUGCCACGCUCCUGUCCAUUGCGCUUCUGUCCAUCACACCCCUGCCCUGCUGCCAGCCCCUCAAGCAGCAGGGCUGAGGAUGCGAGAGACGCCGUGUGCAGCCGCCCUGCAGGGCUUCCUGCGGUACCUCCACCCCAGCCGGGCAGGCCGGAGACGGGUGGCCUCUGUCGAAAAGCACCUGUGUGCUUGCGGCACCGCCCUGUGGACACACAUCCGAAGCCUCGUGUGCAAGAGCAAGCUGGACCCCCAGGCCCUGCAGGACAGAGAGUGGCAGCGGACCAUCAUCGCCAUGAAUGGGAUUGAAGUGAAGUUGUCAGUCAAGUUCACCAGCAGAGAGUUCAGCUUGAAGAGGAUGCCUUCCCGAAAACAGACGGGCGUCUUCGGAGUCAAGAUCGCCGUGGUCACCAAGAGGGAGCGUUCCAAGGUGCCCUACAUCGUGCGCCAGUGCGUGGAGGAGAUCGAACGCCGGGGCAUGGAGGAAGUGGGCAUCUACCGCGUGUCCGGAGUGGCCACCGACAUCCAGGCACUGAAGGCGGCUUUUGACGUCAACAACAAGGACGUGUCAGUGAUGAUGAGCGAGAUGGACGUGAAUGCCAUUGCCGGGACGCUGAAGCUCUACUUCCGAGAGCUGCCUGAGCCCCUCUUUACCGACGAGUUCUACCCCAACUUCGCCGAGGGCAUCGCUCUCUCAGACCCCGUGGCAAAGGAGAGCUGCAUGCUUAACCUGCUGCUGUCACUCCCGGAGGCCAACCUGCUGACAUUCCUCUUCCUUCUGGACCACCUGAAAAGGGUGGCAGAAAAGGAGACAGUGAACAAGAUGUCCCUGCACAACCUCGCCACGGUGUUCGGCCCCACGCUGCUCCGGCCCUCAGACAAGGAGAGCAAGCUCCCUGCCAACCCCAGCCAACCCAUCUCCAUGACCGACAGCUGGUCCCUGGAGGUCAUGUCCCAGGUCCAGGUGCUGCUGUACUUCCUGCAGCUGGAGGCCAUUCCUGCCCCAGACAGCAAGAGACAGAGCAUCCUCUUCUCCACCGAAGUCUAAAGGCCCAACUCCACCUCCAAGAUGCCGGCAGAACGGCCUGGGAACCUCCUAAGGAAACGGGCAAUCCACAGAGCGGGAACCGAACCUUCUAGAGGAGUCAUUAGGCCACCCCCCAGGGCCAGGCUGCUGCCAAGAGACAACUACCCAAGGCAAAAGGCCAAGUUGCCUGGACAGUUCCAGGCCCCCCCCCUCCGGUGGGGCCUGAGAACCCUGGGCUGGCCUCAAACUGUGGUUUUCUACGCCACCACCAGAGGGCGCCCCAAGCCAGCCCUCGUGUCUCCGGUCACGGGCCUGGGCGGGACCAGGCAAAGGGAGUGGUUUUUACGAAUUUAACUUAUGAGAGUUCAAAGAUUUCUACUGGAUCACCUGUCGAGAUGCACCCUCUCCAGGGAGAAGGGAACAGGAGCAGAUUCCCUCGGUAUCGUGUCUUGAAUAAAUACUGCUGCUGCUUCGUGCCCAGGGGCCAGGCCCUGUCCAGCGUGGGUGGGGGCGUUUCGAUUUCCCAGACUUAGAAAUUCGACUCCUGUUUGUAACAGGGUUUGAAAAGCUAAAUCUACACUGUGUAGUGCUUGACCCCUUUCACCUCCUUUCUUCUUUCUUUCUAGAAGAAUUUGUGCAGAAAUGGGUCUUCUUCCUGUUCUAUCCUGUUGCUUUGUUUUUGCUGAUCACGUGCCCCUCGGAAGGCAGCUCCCUGCGGAGCUGCGUAACGUCCAGGACCGGGCACCAGGGGAGGGAGGCCCAGGCUGUGCACUUUAUGGCUGGUUGUCUAGGGAGAGUGAUCCUGUUCACCAUCCCGACUGUCCCGUCGGGCACGCACUCUCCUCAUCAGCUCAGAAAGGCCUUGAUCUCUGGCCUCCUCCAGCCUGUGGCCCAUCUGCCCCCAAAUCUCCCUUCCCCUAAUCUUGUCCCGCCGCCCCACCCCACCCCCGCCCCACCCCGAUCGCUUCAUUCCUCGCUCUUUGCUACACACACUCAGCAAACUUUUGUAAAGCUUUCCUCUGGGCAGCGGCAGCUUACCGACAGCUUGUUUUAAACUUUGAUCUGAAUAGCCUUUUGAUACUUGAAUAUUUUUAAGUUUUAUACAUAGUUUCUAAUUUUUUUCCUAACAGAUUCAGAUUCCUAAUAAGAUGUUAGAAUGUACUCUGUGGACAAUCUGUGUCCCAGCGGCAUCUCGUCUUCCUCUGAGCGCCAGCUCUGUUUCCAUCAGGAGCCAUUUCUGAAGUCUUCUGAGCAUCUGGAAUUGGGGGGCGGGGAUUAGGAACAGGCUGGGCCGAGGGUAGGGGCUCCCAUCCCGAAGCAGGUGGAGAGACAGAGCCCCCCAUGCUCCACACACCUGUGCGGAAGCCAGGAUGUGCCUGGUAACCCUCCUGACCAUCUGACUUGGAGGAAAGAGAACUGGGGAAACCACUAAGUAUUUUGAAGAAACAAGUCUGUGAAGAAUUGCAUCACUUUUUUUAAAAAAGGGAUGGGGGCGAGGAGAGAAGAAACUUCCAUGCUGGACUUGCAGGAAGAGAGGAUGUAGCUGAACCGGAGGAGGGAAGUGGUGGCAUGACUCAGGAAAAGGCGUUUGCUUGUCACGCGAUUAGACCAGUAACAGGUGGCACUGUCCAGGACCCUUCCCGUGUCCCUGGCGGGGUGGGAAGGCUCAGCUGGUGUGUCAGCGGGCAGCUCCUGCCCAAGGUCGCGGCACACAGGGGGCCACGUGCCCCCCCCCCCCCAACUCUACCCUCUGCUCGCGGACCUGCCGAGGCAGGGACGGAAAAAGAAGUCACUCGAAGGUCUUAAGUCUGCAUGUUGUAUUUAUUUAGUUGUACUUUUUUCUCGUGAGGAGAGCAGACCCACCGUUUUAAAGCAGUGCUGCUCUCCUGGGGGAUGAGGGCGGGGAGCAGGGUCCUCUGUGCUUUGCAUGUCUCUGGGAUCCAUGGGUUUCCCAGGCCUCCAGUCCCUGGCCUCUUCUGGCCUGGCUUCCCAUCCCCGUCUGGCUCUACAGGGGAAACACACUUUACUUAGAAAAGCUAGACCUGGCCCCGGUUUCUUUUUCCCUGGAGUCUCAUGAUUUGCGUCUGUCGCAUUGAAACUGGAAAGCAACCUCUCAGUGUCUGUGCCAAUUUUCGUUCCCUCCCCCCAUCUCCUUCCUCUGUUUGCUUUUUAUUUAUGUAGGAUGCGUGGUGUUUAGUGAUGGAAUGACCACUCUUUCUUGUUCAGCUGUCCAAGCACUCCUUUGCCGAGCCUCAGUGGUGGCGGUCGCUUUGGGUCGCUGGGCGUCCCUGUCGUCCGUCUGACAUUCAGGCCUGAGGGUCGGCAAAGCCGGUGGGCAGGUGAUUGCCUGGAGGCCAGACGUGACCUUCCACAAGACUCAGCCGCUGGACUUGGCAACGAGAAGUGAUGCCUCGCCGUCUGGGCCCGAGGUCUGGGUCUGGAGCCUGAGCAGAGGGCAGCCCAGCCUCGGGCUGUGGGUGGCAGGCAGUCUCUCCGCAGCCGCCUGUCUGAGUUUGAGCUCGGCCGUGUCUGUACCACCACAGGGGAAAGGAAAGCUGCCACUUUCAUUAAAGUUCCCCAAGACGA